GCAAGCUUCUCACACAUUUAAAAUUACGUUGGUUGAAAUUUUAUUGAACCAAAGUAGUGACUGAAUAUGAUAGCAAUUGUUGUCGCCUUUUGUUUUCUAUAUAUAGUUCUGCAUUUGCAUUCAGGAGCACAAGUUUCUGACUAACUAUAUCCUGUGAACAGUGUUUCAAAUAAGAAAUUUGUGAAAAAAAAAGUGCUUUUAAAGGAUGGAUUACCAAAUUAUUACUAUACCAUUAUUGUUUGGCAUUCUCUUAAACUUUGGCACAUCUUCACCUAUAAAUCAAAAACAAGACACAAAAGCAGUCUAUGUACCCUAUGACGUCCAAUACGUUCCGGUGGAAGUACCAGAAAAAUUCCUUCAAGUAGAACCGUUGAAUUCCAAAAACCAAGCUUCGGUAAAUCAAAUAUUUUUGAAAAAAGAAGACAUUUUAAAGCAUAUUAAUAAUGAAGCAAAUCAUUUCAUCGAACCAGUGAAAAGUCAUCCUAAUGAUGGUGAUAGUAAUUUAAUUAGGGUUCCACUUUCGAGCAUAAAUCAAGGAUUUGAAGGUACUAACAAUUUAGUGAAAGAACCUACAAUAUUUCAACAAAAACUAACCAAUGAUAGCAAAGACAUUAUUGUGGUUCCUCUAUCAGCCAUAUCAAAAACACAAAAAAUUCAAGCUGAUCCAAAAGAGGAUCUUGUAGUUUUACCGUCAGCUAAUCAAGUUUCGCAUAAAAUCGUUAAAAGACAAGCGCAAAGGUUUCCAAUGUUUAGACCUUUCAUCAGGAUAACGAAUGUUAGUGCAAAUAGACGAAGAUUCGGGCCCUCCAGAAAUCCAGCUCUAGUUGGCUAUAUGAGUAAUAGAGACUUCUUCCCUACAGUUGCUUGAAAAGUUCAAAAACAACCCGCAUGUUCUGGAUAUUCAUAUAAAGUCACUAAAACAGUCUGCUGUUAUUAAGUUAUUUAUUUAUUUAUUAAUGGAAUGUAAUUUAAAUAUACAUACUUCGACUGCCAUUUAUAUAUUUUUUAAUAUUAAAUUGAUAAUAGGGACUUGUGAUACUGAAUUUACUUUAUUAUGUUUUUUUUAAGUAUUGUAAUAUUAUUUUUAAUAAAAGAACUCAUUUUACCCAGAA